AUGAUUGACGACAUAGCUAAUAUUAUUCCUCAGUUAACACAUGGUCUUCAUAAAGGUCAAAUGGGAAGAAUUGCUGUAGUGGGAGGAUCAAAAGAAUAUACUGGAGCACCAUACUUUUCCGCUAUUAGUGCUUUGCAUUGUGGUGCUGAUUUAGUUCAUGUAGUAUGUUCUGCUUCUUCCUCUCCUGUUAUCAAGUCAUAUAGUCCCGAAUUGAUCGUUCAUCCUGUUCUGGAUGGAGUUCUAGCAGAAGCGACCAAAUGUAUGGACAGAGUUCAUGCAAUUACAUUUGGACCUGGUCUGGGACUAACAGAAAAUGUUGAAAAUACUACAAAACUGAUAGAUUAUUGCAAGCAUUCUAACAAGCCUAUUGUCAUUGAUGCUGAUGCUUUGCAUAUCGUUACUCAAAAUCCAUCACUCAUAGAAGGUUAUGAUAAAACUAUUCUUACUCCAAACACUGUUGAGUUUUCAAGAUUAUAUUACUCUGUGUUUUCGUCUCAACCAUAUGAUACCAAAGAUGCGACAAGAUCUCUUGCUGAAAAACUUGGUGUCACCAUUGUCCAUAAAGGUCCUACAGAUAUUAUAUCAAAUGGUCAAACAACUGUACAGUGUGUGGAUCAAGGAUCACCCCGCAGAUGCGGUGGACAGGGCGAUGUUCUAUCUGGUACAAUGUCAGUCUUCAACUACUGGUUUCACCAACUUAAGGAUAACAAUCCGAAUCUACUGUUUACAGCUACUAUUGGAGCUGCAUUUGCAGCUUGUUCUCUUACACGAAAAUGUUCACAAUUGGCAUACGCUAAAUACGGUCGUUCUAUGAUAACUACGCAAAUGUUGCCAGAAAUACAUAAUGCAUUCGAACAACUAUUCGCUAAAACACCAAUCGCAUGA